AUGGGCCUCCUACCUCUACCCCUCACCUUACCCCCAAACACCAACCUCUCCAACCCCAACCCCACCUCUACCCCUCACCUUACCCCCAAACACCAACCUCUCCAACCCCACCUCUACCCCUCACCUUACCACCAAACCCCCACCUCUCCAACCCCACCUCUACCCCUCACCUUACCCCCAAACACCAACCUCUCCAACCCCACCUCUACCCCUCACCUUACCCCCAAACACCAACCUCUCCAACCCCACCUCUACCCCUCACCUUACCCCCAAACACCAACCUCUCCAACCCCACCUCUACCCCUCACCUUACCCCCAAACACCAAGCUCUCCAACCCCAACCCCACCUCUACCCCUCACCUUACCCCCAAACACCAACCUCUCCAACCCCACCUCUACCCCUCACCUUACCCCCAAACCCCCACCUCUCCAACCCCACCUCUACCCCUCACCUUACCCCCAAACACCAACCUCUCCAACCCCACCUCUACCCCUCACCUUACCCCCAAACACCAACCUCUCCAACCCCAACCCCACCUCUACCCCUCACCUUACCCCCAAACACCAAGCUCUCCAACCCCAACCCCACCUCUACCCCUCACCUUACCCCCAAACACCAACCUCUCCAACCCCACCUCUACCCCUCAUCUUACCCCCAAACACCAAGCUCUCCAACCCCAUCCCCACCUCUACCCCCCUGCCCUCUAA